UCAUUCAAGGUCCCCUCCCGCCGCGCCGUUGCGUCGCUCGCCCUACUAUCCGUCAUCUCCGCCAUCGAGAACCAACGGAAGAAGGGAAAUAGCCCAGGAGAGGAGGUAUCGAAGCAAGAUAUGUCUGGCGAGCUGCAAACGAUCCCGGCGCGCCAUGGCGUGGCUACUUUCGUACCCCGCGGCAGGACUAUAAAGAUCAUAAAUACGUAUGGAAAACAGGUGGUUAGCACUUGGGCGUUUGGCUUAAAUGCUCCACCGGAAGAUGAUGAGGACAAAGGCGAAGAGAUCGAAGAUGAUAUUGAAGAGAAGACGAAGGAGUUGAAGGAGGAAUGGGGAAACGAAGAUCAAUCACAGAAUCUGAGUAGCAAAGAGAAGGGCAAGGCGAAGGAAGAAGAUGACGGAGAAGCAUCCAGCGCAGCCGAGCCUGAACAGAAGCACACUUCUUCUGACGACAAUGAUGAUCCUCCCGAGCAGGCACCAGACACGCCCGAGAAUGAGAAAACAACCGAAACAACGCAAGAGAAGAAGACCGAGAAGAGAACAUGGUCAUCAUAUCUUCCGUCGAUUCCGUACCGCAACAAAGGCGGUGCUGCUGCGACAGAGAAGGGAUCGCAAGUCGACAAAGAGGCUGAGAAGGCCCAGAAUGAGGCUACCAGCAAGAAGUGGUCAUCGUAUCUCCCUACUGGACAGAGCUUCUCGAGUUACGUUCCGAACGUCCAGCUUCCCGAUUCCAAAGGCGUUGUCAGUGCGUUCCAGGCCAGUCACAACCGUGAUCCGAACAAGAGCUACGCAGAGCAAUUGUAUGACUUCUCCAAAACGCCUGUUGGGGCCGGAGGUAUUGCAGCUGCUACUGGUUCGGGGACCGCAUCUUCCCUAUACGCAGCCUACAGUGCUUAUACAAAGUUAAAUCCCAACAAGGCAGAUCAGCCUCCGAUGGAAUAUCUAUCCCUCCCUCAUACACGUGCCGCCACGCACCGGCUUGUUCCCGAAGUUGGCGAUACCCUCCUGACCAAUCUCCGCACUCCAAUCAUGACUCUGGUUGAGGAUACGACACCAGGAGCUCACGAUACUCUGACUGCUGCGUGUGACGCCAGUCUCUAUGCCGCCAUAGGGGUAGAGAAGCCAGAAGAACACGGUUCCUGCGCAGUCAAUCUUGUCCUAGCCCUCAAAGAGCUCAAUGGGAAAGCCGGACUACAAGGCACGAAAGCAGUCGGGGCCGACAUUACAGUAAACAUUGCGCCAACACCGCUCCACUUAUUCAUGAAUGCGCCCAUCGAAAUCAAGGAGAGCUCCCAGGGUGACGGCUCCGGUGCCAGGGGUGCGGAACUCAAGGUUGAGGAGCCGAAGAGCAAGAAGCGAAGCUUUGUGCGCUUCCGCGCCGAGCGGGAUAUAGUUAUCGUUAUGAGUGCUUGUCCUAUGGAGAUUGGGUCGCAGAAUGGUGGCAGAUGCAUGGCCGCCAAUUUCAUGGUCGAGGAGGCGAGUGAGGAGAAGGCGGAAACCUCUGCACCUGAAGUCAAGAAAUCAAAACCUAAGAAGAUUUCCCCGAAGAAGGAAGAGACUCCCGCAAAGCAGGAAGAGACCCCAAAGAAAGAAGAUGCGGACGUUGAAGACAAGCCGAAGCCACUGCCUACACCCCGUGGCGGCCCGGCUAAGUUCUCCAACGUGAAGAAGCCUGCAGCUAGACGUGAUAGUGCAGCAGAAGCUUCCAAUGAUGUACCCAAGAACAUCGAUAAACCAGCAGCGCAGACCACAGGCGAGGAGGCACCAAAGGCGAAGAAGAAACCGAAAAAGCUUGAACGACGCAGCGCAACACCGGCCAAGUAAAGCAUCGUGGGCUGAUGAUCCAUGUCGCCUUU